GCUGUCUUAAUAAAGGCCCUCAAAUCCGGAACAUCGCUGGCUGGCCUCUAUGGGGUCCUGGUUGACAUUGUCUCUUUAGCUUCAUCUUUUGAAUGUUGUUCUUUUAAUUGGAUCUCCCGAGUGAGAAAUGUAGAAGCGGAUAUGCUAGCGAAACAGAGUUUGGCUGUUGAACUAGCUUUGAUGGCUCCACCUACUUUGGUCUGAGCUUUUAAUAUAAGUGUGUUUCAAAAAAUAAUCAACAACGAUAACUAUUUUAAAAAUGACCAGCAAGGUUCGAUAUGAAUACGUAAGUCUCUAUUAUUUUAUUAAGAACGCCUAUUGUGUGACUAACAAUCUAACCUAGCCUUAAACUUUGAUCUAACUUUGAUAUUCCCCAUCUUCUUCCCCUUAGAUCUUUGUAUACGAGAGAGAAAAAUGGAAUCUGAGGGAGUGUUGUUACCAUUGAUCCACGAGCAUCCUAUGAUGCCUUGGAAUGAUCUGAGGAGAGGUGAUUGUUGUGGACGAUAUGUAUCUCAGAGUGAUGGCUACUAUUGUAAACUCUGUGAUUUUUUCGUGCACAAGGAAUGUGGCGAGCUCACUGAGUUCAUCAUCGACCACCCAGCUCACCCUGACCACACUCUCCGGCUUCAAGGAAUACGCGGUCACGUAUGCGAUAUAUGCGAAAGGAAAAUCAAGAAUCUGUGCUAUCGUUGUUGUGACGGGUGCGACUUCGACAUGGAUCUACACUGUGCCAAGUACCCACCACCAGAUGUUAUUGACAAUUUCGAGACGCACUCCCACAAGCUCACACUUGUCAAGAAGAAUACCGUGUUCGACUGUUCUGCUAAAUGCGGGAAGGCUUAUGGACUUUCGUACAAAUGUGAAGAAUGUGAUGUAGCCUUUCCUGUGGAAUGUGUAUGGCACCCAGAAGCAUCAGAGCUAAAUUACUCACCAGAGGUAAACCACUCUUACCACUCCUUGCAUCCUCUUAAGUUCCUCACUGGUGAACCACCUGAGUAUUCUGAUGGUAAAUGUCGUCUUUGCGGAACAGAGAUUGGUGAAUUAUUUUAUCAUUGUUCAUCUUGUAACUUCACUGUGGGUUUCCAUUGUGUUCUUAAUCCACCACAAAAAUCUCUUGUUGAUCCGAAAGUGCAUGAUCACCAACUCACCCUUCUUCCACGACUCGAUUCUUUUACUUGUAAUGCUUGCGGUCUGAAGGGAGAUCGAAGCCCUUACGCAUGUUUUGAUUGUGGUUUCAUGAUCCAUCAAGAUUGUCUUGGCCUUCCACGUGUCAUUAACAUCAACCGGCAUGAUCACCGUGUUUCUCGUACUUCCGUUCUUGGUGACGCUGCUAUGAAUUCUGUGUGCGGAGUUUGUCGCAAGAAAGUGGAUUGGACUUGUGGUGGGUUUUCUUGCAAGAGGUGUCCUGGCUAUGUCAUUCAUUCUAAAUGUGCUACCAGAGACGAUGUGUGGAACGGGGAAGAACUAGAAGGAGUACAUGAAGAAGAAGAAGAAGAUACAGAACCAUAUGUGGUGAUAGAUGACAACACAAUACGACAUUUCAGCCAUGAAGAGCAUAACCUAAGACGAAUCCAUGGGAAUGGUAUCAUGUAUGAAGAGCAGAAACGAUGCAAAGCAUGCACCCAUCCCAUCGGUCUCAAAUCCUUUUAUGACUGUAUGGAUUGUGAUUUUUCUCUACAUCAGAAGUGUGCUGAAUGUCCUAAAACGAAACGGCAUGUGCUACACAAUGACCGGCUCACUUUAGUUACAAACGAGGAGCUAGCUGACUUCUUGUGUAAGGGUUGUGAUCUAAACUACAAUGGUUUCAUGUACAAGCAUGGGGAUAUUGAGUUGGAUGUCUUGUGUGGUUCAAUUUCUGAGCCAUUUGUCCAUCCAAGUCAUCCCCACCAUCCCUUAUACUACAUGCCCACAGAAGAUUUUGAAAUAUGCAAUGGUUGCAACAGAAUGGAACUUCAUGUGCUCAGGUGCAUUGAAAUUGAUUGUGUAUUUGUUUUGGGCUUCAAAUGCGCCACUCUACCACAAGUGGUGAAGCACAGAGUAGACGAUCAUCCUCUCUCACUGUGCUAUGGCGAAGAAGAAGAGGCAAGUGGUAAAUAUUGGUGUGACAUUUGUGAGAGAGAAACCAAUCCAAAGGAAUGGUUCUACACUUGUAAAGAUCAGCGGGCUAGUUUGCAUACAAAGUGUGUGCUCGGAGACUUAGGAAGAUUCAUGCCAAGAAGUGUAGUAAAGUUUCAGAAUCGAUCGUUUGAGGUGGUGCUCAAUAAAAGUGUAACUCGCCCAUUUUGCAGCAAGUGUAAGUCUCGUUGCAUUUACCCUAUCAUCCUCAAGUUGCUUGGAAUCUCAGAGACCUCCUUUUGCUCUUUUGAGUGCGCAGUUUUAUUUUAUUGGUUCGGGGAGAAAUAGCGAUAUAAAUGGUUAAAACUAUAAAGUGUAAUAAAGUAUGUCCAUGAGGCAAGAUGUUUAUUCGUUUCAGUUUCUUAUAUUUUCUAUUGGACAAGUUCAUUUCCAUUAUGAUCUCUCUAAUGUGUGUUAUCGUA